CACUGGCAGCUUCAUCCACCAUAGUGCAACAUCCAAUAACCUUUGAUCUUACAGGGUUAAUAUACACACACCUGUGGGUAUAAAAGCUAGCACGCAAAACACAACAUAAGCAACUGCUGAAACACACUUCUGAGACCUCUCGCUGCCAGUGUCAUGACAACCAGUAAAGUGUGAGGUUGUGUUGCUCCCGCUGUUGACAUGAAUUUAUCUUACGGCCAGUAUAGGAAGAGAUGGGAGGCAUUAUUCCCCACGCCGUACAGCUUCAUCAUAUUCAUCGUUUACAUGGCAUUAUUCAUCAAUCAAGGCAUCACGGUGACGGCCUCACAGCGCGCCGACAGCAGCUACAGCUACAACACAGUGACGGUGGUGCUGUUCACAGAGGUUACCAAGCUGAUUGCCUCCAUCCUCAUUUACCUGAAGGACAACUCCAUAUGCAAACUUUUAGGUGACGUCAAACUCCAUGCCCAGAUCCUGGUGUUAUACAUGGUGCCUGCUCUCCUGUACUGCCUUUACAACAAUCUUGCCUUUGUCAACCUUGCUGCAUUUGACCCCACCACCUACUUCAUGUUGCUUCAGCUAAGGGUUGUGGUCACAGGCAUAGUCUUCCAGGUGAUUUUCAAGAAGCAGCUGAGCAAAAGGCAAUGGGUGUCCCUCAUUAUCUUGACUGUGGGUUGUGUCAUCAAGCAACUCAGCACAAGCAAGAAAAAACCCAGUGAUGUGGUGACAGAACCCACAACAGGAGUGGCCACUGUACUGUCUAACCUCUCCUCUGUCUACACUCUACUCCUUCUAGUCCAGAUUUUUUGUUCCUGCCUUGCUGGAGUGUAUAAUGAGAAGCUGCUGAAGGACACAGGAGUGGAGGUGCCCAUCAUGAUGCAAAAUAUCUUCAUGUACAUUGACUCCAUCCUCUGUGGUGGGGCAGUGUUGGCCAUCCGGGGGGAGCUGACAUCUGCCUUCACCUCAUUUGCUCUGUCACAGGUGUGGAGGCCAAGUGUGGUGGUGAUAAUCCUGAAUAAUGCUGCAGUGGGCAUCGUGACAAGCCUGUUCCUCAAAAACCUGAAUUCUAUCCUCAAGACAUUUGCCUCAGCCCUUGAGCUGGUGUUCAUCGCCAUUCUCUCAUGGAUCAUAUUCUCCAUUCCCAUUGACAUGUGGACAGUGAUGGCCAUUGGUCUGGUGACGUAUGCAACCUUCAUGUAUGCCCAGAACCCAGUGGUAAACAGAGGCCGGCUGGAUGAGGUGGAGAAGGGAAGGGCAAAGGAAAUUAAUAAGGAGAUGGUGACUUGUUGCUUUAUUUGCUUUUCUCUUCAAGUUUAAUCUUGACUACAGAUUAACUUCUAGAAAAGGAAAGCUGUACAUAGAUAUGAGUGAGUUACAGUGUCCAUGUGGUUGCAUAAUGAAAAAUAAUCUUACAGUGUUGUGCAGCACACUGCUUAUACAAUAACAUUACAUGUUACAUACUGUUCUCCUUUGCUUGAAUCAUUGUGUACAUGCUUCCUAAGAUCAUGUUAACAUUAUAUAUGUACAGUAUGUGCACAGUGUGGUGAAUAUUUAUUGUUGAAAAUUUCAGUCUUAAAACUAAAAUGCCAUUGUUUGCUUUUUUGAAGAAAAAGAUGCAGGCAGCUAUUCAAAGAAAAGUGCAGCCACACCAUGCUCAGCCAGCAGUGCCAGUCCACAACAUGGCAUGGAAUGUGUGGCAGACUUCAGGCCUCACCACAGUCAAGUAACACUUGCCUACUUACUUUGUCCACUACAUCAUGAAGUAAUGGUCUCCAGAAUUGAAUGAAGUGAACUGAUCAUAAGUUUUCCCACACUAACUGUCAUAGUAUUUUCAUGUUUUUGGUGUUGGAAUACAAUUUGCAGGUGAAUCAUGAUCCUGAGUACAAAUGACAGGUCCAUAUGCAUUCAUGUGUUCUAGUCACUGCAUUGGAGGUUCAAUUGUCCAGUUUUGGUGAGAUCUAGUAGUAUAGUAAGAUCAAGCAAAUAUAUAGCUACUUGAGAAAAACUACUAAAUACAGUACAAAAAGAUUAUACAGUGAUCAUCUACUAGCUUUUCAAAGUAUUACUGCAUCACUUACCCACUAGCUUUCUGUUACUGUUGUAUCCCACUCCCUAACAGGGUUAUCAUGUCUUGGUAAUUCCAGACUCUAUAUUCUUCUGUUAUGAGAAAUUUGGUUUCAUUUGCAUCAUGAAAUUCUAUUGGUCUGUCUUACUAUGAGAAUAUCAUCAGCAGUUGUCUCUCCAGUCAUUUUGUUACAUAUUUUUUUGCUUACUGAGUUUUAUAGCUAGACUGUAAGUAACCUUCUAACUUUUUACGAAAUGUUGUUUAUAAGCUUCAAAAUCAGGUGGAGCUCCCUCUGUUUAUUAGGUAUGGAUAUUUGAAGCCUGUAAUUACUUGGUGCUUUGGCCAUUUGUGUAAUGAGUAGUAGAGUGUAUCAGCUUGCAAAGAUAAUAAUCAAAACUUUCAUAUUGCCAAAACCAGGCUGUGAGUGCCUAGUUGAGUGUUGUAUUUACAUAAUCUAUGGUAAUUGCCAUAAUAGUAUGUAAGUUUUGUACAGAAAUUGUGACUGGUUAGUGAAAAUAGUAAAUGCCACUCCUUAAAGUAUUUUCGUAUUUUGUUUUUAUAGCUAUAAUUCAUUUAUUUGGACAAAGGGAUACAAUACACUACCUACUACGUAUAGUGUGAAGCAUACUACCUCCAGUGCAGUCACUGUAGGUUGUUAAUCUUAUAGCCAAUCCCACAGCAGCACCAAAUGCAUGUCUGUAUGUCCUGUGUGUCAUGAAAGGCGACUAAAAGGGACAAGAAGAAAUGUGUUUGUUCUUUUGAUAAGGUAAGAUACUGAGGGAAGUAGUAAUUCGGUUUAACCUUUGUCCUGAUGUUCAUAGAGGGACGCUAGUCUCUAAUAUAGACAUAUUAUAUAUACAUAAUUUAUAUUUAAUUAAACUACAGAUUCAUCUGUAGAUUGAUUUAUUCAUUACAGAGAAUUCCCCUUGUAACACUGAACACAUUUGGUCUACAUUGUUAAUACUUAACAAAUAGCACACUUGUAACACAUUUGUUAUGGGAAUGUUAACACAUCUAAACUUUAGUCACCCAUCUUGGUGCUCUGCAAACCAAAUAGUGUGUGAAAUAUAGUUAGUUUAGUUAGGAGUAAAUAAUGUUUUAUAUAAUGUAAGUAGUAUUAGUUAUAGUUUUUAUGAAUAUCAUUUCUGAAUCCUUUAUACUUAGCCCUUCUUGGUUGUGUUAAGACAUUUCAAAAAUGAGUAUUUGUCAGCUCAUCUCUUCAUUAUAUAUACUGUGUGUGUGUGUGUGUGUGUGUGUGUGUGUGUGUGUGUGUGUGAUGCAUUAUGUAUCUUCAAAUCUGCUAGUCUGUAAAUAUAUAGAUGUGUUUGAAAUAUUCAUGGCCAUAUAUAAAAAUAUGGCAGGUCAGCAGAGUCUAUAAAUAGAUGUAUUUUAAUUAUUAAUGAAUACAUAUGCCACACUGCCAGGAAGGGAUUACUUGAAAGACAUCUUUGCUAUGGUCUAUUUCCUCAGAUGAAACCAGUGAGUUUAGUUACUUAUACACACUCGUAUUGUUUGGAAGACUAUAAAGUGUUUACUACAGUAUUUACAUAUAGGUACUGUAACCAUGAUUUAUUCCCUUGUAGCUUAAGAGAAUAAUCUGCAAGUUAUAAAAAGAUGAAAUCUUACUUAAUAUAUUGAUGUAUUUCCAUAUUCUUAAAAGUAUGUAACACACUCCUUUAAAAUUUUACCAUACUAAGCAUGGCUGUGAUGGACCUUAAUGUUACCUUAUACUUGUGUCUAUGCCUCAGUUUCAAAUACAGCACAUGAUCAUU